AUGACCCUCCUCUGGACUGGGGAUCUUCACUUAUACCUAUGCUGCUCUUGCAGGGACAGCUGAGCCCAUGCAGCACCAGAGCUAAAAUACUGAACCCUGUGCGGAGUUGUACAUCGUAUGCAUCCCCUGGAUUCUGCCUAGGACAGUAAAGUGUGCAUAUAGCCAGCAGGAAAAAGUCCUUAUCCUCGUCAGCUGUUGUCCUCCAAUGCACCUCAUGGAAAUAUAUGGUAUUUUCCAGUUUGAGCUGGUAUCUCGUGGGUCAACAGCAAUGUACUGGAAGGAGUGCAAGUACAACUCCAGUAUCUAGGACAGCCAGAUUGCAUCCUCUGAUUUCCCCAUGUCACGCAAGGGAGAAGAGUCCUUCCCCUGCUCCAGAGUGGGGUCACUCCCAGAGGAGAGAGUUCUUCAUGAACUUCUGCAGCAUGAGUCCAUCCCACAGGCAACAGGCCUCCAUGAACUCUUCCAACGUGGGUCCUUCCCCAGAGGGUGCAGCCCAUAAAGAACAGGUUGCUAUAGUGUGUGUCCUCCACAGGGUCACAAGUCCUACCAGGAAAUUUUCUCCAGCAUGGGUUCCUCUCUCCAAAUGUUUGCAAGUCACUGCCAGGAGCCUGCUCCAGUGUGGGCCUCUCACAGCGUCACAGCCUUCUUUUGAGCAUGCAGCUGCUCUGGUGUGGGCUGCAGAGGCAUUACCACCAUCUCUCAUUGACUCCAUUCAGGCCAGCGACACAUCCAUCCUGGAACCAUCUGGCAUUGGCUCUGCCAGAUAUUGGGGAACCUUCAGGCAGCUUCUCACGGAAGGCACUCUUAACAGCUCUCCCCUCUACCUGCCAUGUAAACCCAAUGCACCAGCACAACAGCAGAAUCUAAGGAAAAUAUCUAGGAAUCUUCUCUCUCUUGAUUUUAUUGUCAGUAUAUUUGUGGGGGCACUACAGCCUAGGUCUUUUAAGGAGGUUGGGAUAACAAUACCUGUCUCACUGAGGAUGAUGUCAUUCCUGUCCUAAUUUAGGAUAAUGCAAAGAAGCUCACAGGUCAUAAAUUGCCAAGAAGUAUAUGCUCAGGCUGCUAGCCAAAAAAACUUUUUUUGAGGUUUUCUUUGCCUGUUGAAAGAUAAAUUUGGAGCAGAACUGGAAUGUGGAAGAACCAUUCUAGCUCUUCUGGAAUAUCUGGGUUUAUCCAAAUGCCUGAUACCUAUUCUGACUGUGUAAUUUCUAAUAUUUUUGGUUUAAAUCCUACUUUACAUUUGAUUUGUUAAAAUGUGAUAUUCCAUCAGUAUUGCAGUAUUUUUUUUUUGUUGCUCGCAGUAGAACUUAAUUCUACUGCUAUCCAUAGUUGUCAGUUAGGGAAAACAAAACAUCUCCUUUGUCAGAUGACAUUUUGCAUUCCCAUCUCCCCACCUGCUCCACAUGCCUAGAGUCACACCUGUACUGAUGACUCUUCUCCAGACAAGCUCUCAUCCAUCCCAGGUGCUGCUUAUAUACGUCCUUCCUUCUUUCAAAGCAUUCCCAAGCAGAAAGGGAGACCCUCCCAGUGUGUUGCUUAUAGCAUACUGGGAGUUUAUUUUCUGUUCUGGAAAGCAUCUAGUCAAGAAAAAUAAUUUCAGCUAUUUACACUCAUAAUGAGAAAUUGCUGACUUUUAGGAGGGAAGCACAUAAAUCAAGUGGAAGUUGCUAAAAUGUUUUAUUCUUAUCAGUAUGGAGUAAGAAAAUUUGUGUUCUGAUAUUGACAGAACAUGGCUUGCCUGGGUUAAAAUACACAUUUACCUCUGCUACUGGUUUAGAAAUGCUUUAGGAAUACACAAAGGAUUUUUAAAAAUAAAAGCAUGGUGCCUCAGGGAGUACCGCUAGUUUAAAUAACACAUGAAAGUAUUUAUGAGCCUUUUUUUAUGAGGUGGUCAAAGCAAAGACCAUCCAGCAUGUAACAUAAGACUGGCUAAAGAAGAAAGAUUUUUCAAAACCACAUUGGAGAAUUAAGCAUGAAUGGAAUUUUAUUUCAGUCUCUAUUGCUUAUUUAAAUUAAUGAGGUUUUCAGGUGCAGUCUAAAUGAUAAUACAGAUCAAGGUGAGUUUUGCCAGGGAGCUGGACUCUAGUUUAUUAUUCAAAGAAUGCAACUGACUAAUGUUGAUGUAACCCUAAAUAGACAAUAGGUUUAGUGAAAGUAAACUUUUUAAGAGUUUCAAACACUUUAAGGGAUACUAGAAUUGCAUUGACUCAUUCAUUAGAAAUGGAGAUUAAUAUUUCUGAAUUGUCCCAGGUACCUCCACAGCAGAUCUGCCAGUAUAUAUCCUGUAUGUCCAACUACAGAAAAGUGCAGAAUAAAGAUCAUUGUCUCUUGCUUGGUUGGGCAGUACCACUCAGUAGUUCCUGCUGCAUUUUUGUAGAGUUACUGAGGUUUUUCCUACUGCAGGAAGAAGCUCCAGUCCAUCCCCAUGUCAAGAGGUCACUUCUAGGUCUAAUUCCUAAGAUUGCCAAAUCUUGGCCCAUUUCCUGGAGCUCCUAGGGGGAUUUUAAGUACUACAGCUCAAAACUGGUCUCACACUCUUUCCUUCCACUUCAUACACAUUCAUGCACACUCUGGUUCCAAGUCUUGUCUUUCUGGUCUGAACUUUCCUAUCUCCACAUAGGCCUCAGAGCCAGAAGAUUGCUUUCAGACACUUGUAAUCCCUGGUAUUUUCUGUUUACCAGACCAGGGUACCUACUGACCAAAUGCACCAAUCUCAGUAAGAUAAGCUUUAUUCUUGGAUUGUACCUCACAAACCAGAGAGAAUCCACUGACUUCAUAUUAUUCACUAAUUCUGUGUAAGGCUUCAUGGCAACUGUGCAAAUACUUAAAGGAUUUGGUUCCUGUACUUUGGAUCCUUAAAGUACAGGAUGACGAGGGAAGUUUUUCAAUAGACAUUCUCAUGUUUCUGCCCUAACUAUGCAUGUACAUAUUUAGCUAAUUAGGACAGUUAUUUGAAAUCACUUUUGCAAUUACUGUGCUAGUUAUUAGGGCAGAAAAGAACAAAAUUGAUUACAAUGGGACUAUCCUUAACUGCUAACAGUAGAACAUUGACAUAAAACCUCAAUUUUUCCAGAGCAAACUUUAUCAGCAUUCUUUUUCUAGCCUGCUAUUUGUGUGACUUCAUUGUGAAUAAGUUUGGUGAACUGAUCUGUUUGCAAAAUCAGUUAAAAAUACUUUGGGCCAUAUUCUGCUUUUGGUCUUUUGGGGAUUUUUGUUGUUCCUUUUGUAACUGGGGAAAUUUCUGUUAAGCUGGUAUCACUGUUGUCCAUUUUGUAACAUCAACCCACAGCCUCCUACAGGAAAUAUAAAUAAAUCCCAGUGGCAUGGAACUUCAAUAACCUUACACCAUUUUACACCUAAAUGAGAGCAUCUGUGGAAGGGAUUAGCAUGCUGUAAUUUAUGUGCAGUACUUCCACCUUGAGCUGGUUUGCCUUAACUUUCCCCUGUGUCCCUGGGCAGACAAGCAAGAUGGAAAGAGCCUGGGCUGCACUGCUUCAGUCACUUCAUGGAACAGUUCCAUAGGUCUGAGUGUUUGAAAGUGAUGCUGCACAGAGACUCCUAGAUUCUGGUGUAAGAGCUUCAACCAAUGGACUCAGAUCAUUCACAGCAAUGCUGCAGCUGAGUAGGUCUUUCAGUGAUUUAUCAUUACUGAUGAGGACAGUACGUUUGUCCUGGUAACCGUUGUCGCUGAAAAGCAUGUGGUUGGUUGUGGUAAUGGAGAAUA